AUGUCAUCGAAAUUGGUAUCGUGCAUGCGGACGAUGUGUUGUUGUGACGGUGAAGCGAGUGACGACGAAAGGCCGUUCGUUAACGCACAAAAUCAAGCUGAUGUUAUCAGUGCUCGUGAAACGCCUACAGGAUAUUCGAACGAAGCAAUAAACCGUUUAUGGAGCACUGCGUCUGCAAGUGAUUCGUUGCAAGGCACACCGCAAGCACACAGAAAUAUUAAGCAGGGCGAUGAAGAGGAUGAGUUGCUCAAUCAGAUCCUCGAAUCUACUCAACAGAAUAUCAUCGACGUAAGCAAUAUGGAAAGCUCGAUCGUCACUUCAGCAACGAACAGUGAUGUGACGAAGGCACACCAGUUCGAAGAUGCAAUCAAACAACACGAUUUACGUAUUCGUAAGUCAAAUGCAGCAACAGCUAGUCAUGGGAUAUCAACAACAAGAGAUAUAUUAUUGAAAGAUAUUGGUGCGUACGCAGCGGAUGUACUAGGGCGGGAUUGGACGAUGGUUAUUGACGAUAAUGAGUAUGAUGCGUUGAAGCGGUUCGCGAGCCAGUUGUUGAACUCCAUUGAGAAUGGUAUUCAGAUUGAACAUACUGAAGACAUUAUCGUGCACAUGUCUUUUUGUGACGACUGA